AUGCCAUCGAGUCGCAGCUCGUCUCGGAACGACGCGAUCGGCAGUCUUGACGUACCGCAACUACCCCCCAUUGAUCUUUCGCCCAACUCCUUCUACCUGCUCUCUUCUCCUUCGCAAGAAACAAUCGCGCCACCCAGCCGUGCACCCACUCCCGAGCCAGAGCAUGAACCAAGCGACCCGGCGCCUCGUUAUAGUCUGAUAGCAAACACAGAGUCUACCGGAGACGCCGAGCAAUCUUUGCGGGAUGCGAAACCAAGACUUAGUGCCGGGCGAGCUCGCCUGCUUCCAUCUGGAGAGUACCACUGGGCUCUUGAACUUUCAGCAAUCAUUCUGAGUAUAACAUCGUUUGCCGCCAUCCUUAUUCUUCUUCCCCUCUAUCAGAAUAAGCCGUUAUCAUCUUGGAAGUUCUCCAUAUCGUUCAACACCGUCAUUUCCACUCUCGGAGCAACUUCUCGUGCAUCACUGGCAUUUGCUAUCAGCGCUUGUAUCAGUCAGGGAAAAUGGAACUGGUUCCGAAGACGAGAUGAGAAUGUCAUGGUGUUUGACCGUUUCGAAGAAGCAAGUCGGGGUCCUUGGGGAAGCGUUCGCCUGCUAUGGUGGACCAAGUUAACGCAUUGGAUCGCUCUCGGAGCCCUCUCCGCUGUCUUACUGGUUGGCUUUGAACCGUUCCUACAAGCCGUCAUCACCUUUUCGGGAGAAAAUGUCAACUACGCAGAUUCAAAAAUGGCAAACGGCAUCGGAAAGACCGAUAGACUCGACGCAGGAGGAUUCAGAGUCUUUUCGUGGGGCAAUUGGGAAUACAAAAUGCCCGCGCCUUGGGGGUCCUUUCGGCAAACAGCCAUGAAAUCUGAGUGUGACUUUGGCGCAAUGGCUGCAGUAUGGGAAGGCCUCUCCAACCUAAGUUCGACCGAAAGUACAAAGGCGACUUUUGAGUGUCCUACUGGUAAUUGCACCUGGAGUCCUUUUGGAUCAGUAGCUGUCUGCAGCGCCUGCAACGACAUAUCACCUGCAAUCGAAAAGUCUCGAGGACGAGCAUGGUGGAAGGACGACAUCGUCACCCUGCCGGACCGAUUAUUCUAUCCUGAAAUGGAGGAUAAACAUAACUACACCAGAUUCGAAAUACCAUAUCUAAACCUGAGUAUAUCGACCUUCGAUGGGAACAAGUCAAAGGGAGAGCGCAUUGAUGAGGCAAGAGCAAGUGCCGAACUGACCGCACAAUCAACUUACAACCCGGGACAAACGUUGACUUUUAGUCAUCUUCAAUCCCUGAUAUAUUCCUUUUCUAUAAUGUCAGCCAGCGAGGAAUUCCGCCUACGGAAGCAAAAAUGGGAAAACAGUGCCGUAACUGCAACAGAAUGCGCUCUCUACUUCUGUACCAAGAUUUAUCGGACAACAGUCGAGCAAAAUGUGCUACAGGAAAGAGUACUCGGCUCUCAAGCCAAUCGAAAUUUGGACUCUUUUUUGUCAGAUGGAUCGAUACGUAACGAUAUGAACUUGACGAAGGCUUUCAACACUUAUAUGAACCAUUCACUGUUUGUUGGAUACUUCGAUGCGCCCCGCACAGACCUACAGCUUACCAUUCCCCGUGCUGAAUACCUCGCCGCUACAGGCCUCAUCUUGGACGACGAAUUGAGGUUCAAUAUCUCACACAACACUAUUGGGAGCCUCAUCGAAUGGUUAGCAGUAAGAAUAACAGGCCGCAACAUGUCUGCAACGAGAACAAUGACGCUCGACGAGGCAAAAUUGCUUGUGUACCCCCGACCAUUAGUUGACCGGGCGGCCAGUUCACCAACGGAAAUAAUUAGUAGUCUCGCAGCUUCGCAGGACAUACCUAGGACGUUUGAGAUGGUCGCCGCCAGCCUAACAAAAUGGAUACGAAACCGUUCGUUUCAAACCAACUCACAUCGCGGAGUAACGAAGGAAUGGGUAAUCAAGAUUAGAGUGAAUUGGGCAUUCUUGUCACUCCCCAUGGGCGCGCUGAUAGGCGGGUCAUGGAGGGGAAGCUCGCUGGCGACGCUAGCCCACGGCCUCGAUGUGGAGUCUAGGUCGUUCUUGAGAGAAGCGAGUGAUGGUACUCGUAUCGCUUCCCAGGCGCGAACUUUGGAGGUCAAGUUUGUCGAUUCUGACGGCGGACCGGAGCUGGUUCGCGGGACCAAGACUGGCAGGCCUGUCCGUGAUGCUACUUGA